CGCUGCCAUGGCGCUGUCGGCACUCGGACCUGCUCUCCAGCCACUCGCUCCUCUAUUCGGUUGCUCACUUCGCGCCAGCGCACGCACCCCCCACCACCACCACCCCGCCGCCGCCGCCGCCCUCGUUGCCGCCGGUUCGCGCUUCUUCCACACCUCGCAGCCCACCCUCUUCGGGCCGCCCUUCCGCCGGUCUCAGCAGUCCGUGCACCCGGUCUACUUCAGCGAGUCCUUCUCCGCCGAGGACGCCGACGUCGACCCCUCCGCCGACGAACGUUCUCCCCCCGUGGCCGCUGCUCCCCCCCCGUCCACGCCACCGCCGCCCCCCUCCUCCCCUUUCUCCUUCAUCCCGCAGCUCCUGCUGCCUCUCUCCUUUCUCAUGCCUUCCAACAGCACCGCCACCAGCCAGUCGGUCACCUACCCCGACCCCAAGGUCGCUGUGCCCGCCCCCGAGGACGGCGAGCACGACUACACCCGCGUCUUGCAGGGCGCCCUCGCGGCCAACACCCACACGGCCUCCAUCCCGGCCGGCAUGCCGCGGCUCGACCUGCACCCGGCCAUCCCCCCGAUGACCACCCCCGGUCUGGUGGGCUUUGCCGUGGGGCAGCCCUCGAUCACCAACUUCCCCAUGUCGCCGACCACGACCGCCGCGCGCAUUGCCGCCGUCGACCCGGCAUCCAUCGCCAUGGCCGUCGACACGUCGAUCGUGGUGGGCGAGCAUGGGCGCGCUCUGGUUUCCACCCCGGACAUCCUCACCCGGGACAUUGUCCGGCCACGUGCCAUGAGCCUCGGCGGUGAUGAGGACAACCUGCCGCCGGGUGCUCCCUCGCCGUCGGCCUUCGUCCGCGGCGGCGCGGUCUUCUCCCACAUCGCCAAUGAUGAGGAGCUGGCUGCUUCCGAGGCCGCGGCCGCGGCGGCCGUCGCCUCGGCUGCCGCCAUCCCCGACACCGACGACAUGGCCGGCAUCGAGACCCACCCCUCCGGGCUGGACCGCAACACCAGCGGCUUCAUCAAGCUCCAGAGCAAGGACACCGAGCUGUCGCGCGACCUGUCCGAGAUCUUCCUCUACAACCAGCGCUGGGCCCAGCAGACCAAGCACCGGGACCCGAACUACUUCCGCAAGCUGGCCUCCCAGCAGUCCCCCAAGUUCCUGUGGAUCGGCUGCUCGGACAGCCGUGUCCCUGCCAACCAGCUGAUGGGCCUGGCUCCGGGCGAGGUGUUUGUCCACCGCAACAUCGCCAAUGUCGUGGUUCACACCGAUCUCAACUGCCUGUCGGUCCUGCAGUACGCCGUGUCGGUCCUGCGCGUGGAGCACAUCAUCGUCUGCGGCCACUACCGGUGCGGUGGUGUGCGCGCCGCCAUGACCCGCUCCAGCCAUGGGCUCAUCGACAACUGGCUGCGCUCCAUCAAGGAUGUCUGCUACGCCAACCAGGCCGAGCUGUCCGCCAUCAAGGACUUCGAGCGCCGGGCUGACCGUGCUUGCGAGCUGAACGUCCGUGAGCAGGUUGGCAACAUUUGCCAGACCGAGAUUGUCCAGUCCGCCUGGGCCCGGGGGCAGUCGCUCUCGGUGCACGGCUGGAUCUAUGACAUCAGUGACGGUCUCCUGCGUGACCUCGCUGUGUGCGUCACCAGCGCCGAGCAGCUGAGCUCCAUCUACCGCUUCGAUCAGGAUACCCUGAGCAAGUGAGCGCCCUCCCCCACAC